AACCCCUCCUUCCAAAGCCCAAAAGUAUCCUACCCUUCUAUCAUCACUGCUAUCUUCAUUACUGCUCUUACUACUAGCACUUAUAGAGACAAGGAGAUGGGCAAGAAGAAAGGCCGGGCAUGGAGCCUGCUGCGCUUGGCCCUCCUAUGGGUUCAGAAAGGUGGUGCCUUCAAACGGGGCUUAGUGUUCGACCUCCGCCUCCUCCCUGGCUACCUUAAGAGCCUUAAGCCCGGUGGCGGUCACUCUGAUAGGCUCCACUACGGCGAGCGUGAAUUCUCCUUCGAUGAAACCCCUGACUUCCAUUUCAAGACACCGUCCAUGCGGCUCCCCCGGUUACCCUGCAUAACUCCUGCGGCCGACUUCGAUAACGACGAUGACUAUAUCUUCUUCAAGUGCGAGAAAAAGAAUGAAUUCUUCGACAAAGAAUCGAAAGAAGAGUGUUCUAUGGACAGGUGUGAAGGUGGUGAAGAUGAUGAUGAUAAGGGAAUUAAUUGUGGGGAAUUGAUCGAGGUGGAGGAAGAACAAGGAAUUGAUUCGAAGGCGGAGGAGUUCAUAGCCAAGUUCUACGAGGAGAUGAAGCUACAACGCCAGUUCUCGUUGCUUCAAUAUAAUGAGAUGCUUCGUAGAGGCAUGAGUUGAUGGGUUUCUGUUCAAAGAAAUAGAUGUGAAGAUUGAGUCGCUAUAUGUUUUCUUACAUCCUUGUUUGCAUAUCAUACUUUCAAUUCUUUUAUUGCGGCGGUGGUGUAAUUAGUAUUGAGAGCUUGUUCACAGGAGUGCUUUCGACGUAUUUAUGAGUUUAUAAAUAAUUCGAGUUUUCUUGAGGUGUCAUCUGGUCCCAUUUGUUUCGAAUGGAAUGAAGUAUGAUAUGAAAUUGUGGAUGUUUGUAUUGUGUUUUUUUUU